AAGCUGUGGUUGAAAGUCAGUGAGUUGCACAAACACACAUACUUACAUAUAUAGUCUUCUGCACUUCACAGUCUAAGCUGCACAGAACAGACAAGAGAAAUGUCAGGACCCAGGCCUGUAGUUCUCAGUGGUCCUUCGGGAGCUGGCAAAAGCACCCUGUUGAAGAGACUCAUGAAGGAAUAUGAAGGGGUUUUUGGAUUCAGUGUCUCUCACACCACCAGAAAUCCUCGACCGGGUGAAGAAAAUGGAAAAGGGCUGAAUUGUCUCCCAAUGCUUCUGGGGGCUACAUUACUUCCUGUAGCAGACGUCCUAUUCUCUGUGUCAUCUGAAGAUUACCAUUUUGUCACCAGAGAGAAAAUGCAAGAUGGAAUUGACAAUGGCGAGUUCAUUGAGAAUGCUGAGUUUUCUGGGAACAUGUAUGGAACCAGCAAAUCAUCUAUAGAGGACGUUCAAGCACAAAAUCUUAUCUGCAUCUUGGAUGUUGACAUACAAGGUGUGAAAAACAUCAAGAAGACUGACCUGAACCCCAUAUAUAUCUUCAUCCAGCCACCCUCCAUGGAGAUCCUGGAAAAGCGUCUGAGGGACAGGCAAACAGAAACCGAGGAAAGUCUACAGAAGCGUCUUGAGGCAGCAAGAAUUGACAUGGAGCUCAGUAAGGAACCUGGAGUUUUCGACAUGGUAAUCAUUAAUGAUGACCUUGAAGAGGCCUAUGAGAAACUCAAAAGUGUUCUUAUUGAGGAAAUUCAGAAGGUACAAGAUUCCAAGGAGUAGAAAAGGAGAAACUACACCUUUUCUGCCCGACAACACAGGACAUGACGCCUUUCUUUGCAGCCUUGCACGGUGCAAUCAGAGUGUUGGUUCUCAUGUCAGACAUUAUCAACUUUAUUCAUUUAAACUUUUGAGUCAAAUGCUCCGUUCCUGGGAGUUUGUUCUAUACAUUUUUUCUAAGGGUCAGAGCAAAUCUAUGCUAAGCCAUAUAUGCUGAAAACAUCUCACUCACAGCUGAGAACCCCCUUUAAACUUUUCAUUUAAAAGAGCAUGUUUGCGCCUUGAAUAAAGAAGGGAGGAAAUUGUAAACAUAUGAGUAAACUAUUGUUGAUGACAAUAUUAAUUACAAGGCUGUUAGUUGUACAACGGGCCUAUAGAGAUAUGGUUGUUUUUAAUAUAUGUGUUAUUUCUAGAGAGCUAAUUAUAGAGUGUGAAUGUUCAAAAUCUCACAUAGCCUUACAGAGGUUUAAAUCUUUUCAGCUGAACAGUUAGAUGUUUGUGUUUUAUCUUCUUGUUUGUGAAUGAAUUUGUUUAAAAGUGGUAUUUGUUUUUGGUUUAGCAAAAAUAAAAUGAGACCAAAAUUAC